AUGAAGUCAGCAGGCAUCUUCCUCCUUGUGGGGCUCCUCACCCUCUGGAUGGUGCUGCCGUCUUGGUCUGGCACAAUCUUACCCGUGCAACAAAUCCCCAGAGUUUCAGCGAAACCUGGGACCUGUCCAUUGAUCGCAAGUACAUGUCGCAUGAUAAACCCUCCUGAUAAGUGUAAGGAAGACACUGACUGCGCCGGCCCCAUGAAGUGCUGCAUGUCCGUCUGUGGGAAGGAGUGCCUUCAGCCCAACCAAGUGAGAUCUGGGACCUGCCCAGUGGUUCCUUUCAGGUGCAAGAUGCACAAUCCCCCGAAUCGUUGUCAAUCAGACAGCCAGUGUGCUGGGGCAGAGAAGUGCUGUGACACCGGCUGUGGAAGGGGCUGUGUGCUAACUCAAAAAGAGAAACCCGGGACUUGCCCAGUGGUUACUGUACGGUGUCUUAUGAUAAAUCCUCCCAACAGUUGUGAUCAUGACCACCAAUGUCUGGGGCCAAAGAAAUGCUGUGAAACUAGCUGUGGGAGACAUUGCGUCCUGUUUCAGAGAGCAUAA